AUGGAGAUCUCGGAGCCGCUCAUGGACUGCAACUUCCCGGAGUUCCUCGCGGGAGACUUGGGGCGAUCAGAAGAUGUUUUUCUCUCGAGGAAUUUAACUGCCGGUGCGCCCGCACCGUCGUUGGCGGAUGACGGGAGCAAGCGACGUUAUUCACUUCAGGACAGCUCCUCACAGUUUUUAACGUCCCAACCGCGGGUGGCUCUGUCGCGAAUGAAAUCGCUUCAAUCACUCAAGCCGGCCAAAUCGCCAGCCAUGGCCGAGGUGAACGAGAGUCCCAGGAAAAGUAGUGACACGACUGACUCCUCUGCCACCGACUCGUCUGGUGGCAUGGAGCCACCGUCCAUUGCAACCCGUAAUGUUUCGGUUACUACCACGGCUACUUCUGUGACCUCCGGCAGAUUUUCACCCAGCGAGAAAUCCCCCUCGCCAGUGGACAAGCUCCCCCAUUACAGCUGGGUGGACUUGGAUCUCGCGGACGCCCUCAAGUCAGAGAGAAGCUACACCAUGGGCCACAUUAGUUCCCGACGGACGCCAGCUUCACCUCGAGGCAACAUUGCAGAUUCGCGGAGUAUGUCGAUGGGUACCAAGACUGUGCGUCCUGGGAAGAUGGAUUCAUUCUCGACUGUCACUUCUCCAGCCAAAACUCCGACUGCAGCGAUGAGCCCUCAGAGACCGUAUUUCUUCGAAGGGCGAGCAGGGCCACCGACAGAAUUUCCCAUUCGACGCUCAUCUCUCUCUCAGAAUAAAGACCUCCUCACUCUCCCGCCGCGUCAUCGAAAAUCUUCUCGUUCACCUCCACCGCCAAACAUUGUCAUUCCCGGCAAUGUAACACAUGUCACACCUACCAGAAGCCCGACACCGCUGGACCAAAAUAACGGCAAGUUUCUGAAGGACGCAGAGGAACGCAGCAUAUUGACUCUCGACGAUGACUCCGACGACGACUAUGAUGAUUCCUUGGCAGUUCCCACCCCAGCACCUGUGAGGACGCAGGUCGCGACACCGAGAAUUGUGUCACCUUCGACUGACGUCGAGCAGUGGCUAGAUACAAGCAAUAUUGGUUUCUCAUUCAAUCCUCAAGCCAAAAACGAGAAUCCCGUGUCACGUAUCCCCAUCGGGUCCGAGGUGCUUGACACCCUGCGAAUCUCAGUAGCAUGCUUUCCCGAGACGAUGCUCUUAUGCUCUAGUCUCUCAAUAGAGACGAUCCGAAGUCAUUCUAGGAAGAUCAAGUACCGCAUGCAGGAUCUUGACAAUGGAUCGCAACUUUCGCUGAACCUUGGUGAUGGAUCACCAAAGCCAUCCGUGUGGAAAUGGUUGACCACCAAGCGACCUCAAGACACCAGUCCAACCAAGCUUCAGCCGAGACAGAGAGCCUAUCUGGACCCGCCGACUCUCUCCACAGGUCCGCGCCUAGAUGAACCAGACUGGUCGGCAAUCAGGAACGUCUUUCCUAACGGGACUGACUACCUGUGCGACGCACUCUACGCCCAUCUGCUUGCCUACAACUACAUAUCUUCCCUCUGCCCUCGAUCUGUCCCUCUGAGCCCAAUCCAGAGACCCGGUUCAAACCAGUCCAGUGCUCAGAGCAUUACAGAAACCGCAUCCAAAUGCUCAGAGAGCACCCAGAUCAAGCCCAAGGCGGCGAAGUUGCUAGGGCUUUCUGAAGACACUCCAGCAGUCAUGCCACGUAGCCCAGGAGUUGACUCUCAGAAAUCGCCGAGAAGUCUCACCCUACGCAAUAAGCCAUCUUUCUUCGCAGGGCACCGGGAGAACUCCAAGACGUUUGGCACCGGCGCCAGCCGAUCGGCCGACGAUCACGACAAAUCCCUGAAGGAGCUUCAACUCGGGCUAGCGAAGUGUAUCGCGAGAUUGGUGGGCACGCUGCGCCUGACCUCGCACGAGAACAAAGCAGUCAGCGUUACCAAGCAGGUGGACAUCAAGGACGUCGAUCCCCUAUUCAUCCGCGCUCUCUGCGAAAUUGUCCGCUCUUGCGAGGAGCGAGCGUAG